AUGGCCGAACCGACGAACGCCAACACUUACAUGGCUCGAGCUCUUCAAUCGCAGGGCUGGACCAAAAAGGUGACUCAACGAAUUUUACAAGAACAAAAUGCUGAUUUGAGAUAUCAUUAUUUGCAUCAGCUAUUAGAUCUCCGCACUUAUCACUUGAUUUCCAUAGACGAAUCAGGCUGUGGUGAACGGGCUGGCGCCAAGUAA